UCAACCGAAGUUAAGUUUUGUGGUGGUGAUAAGUUCCUGUUUUCGUUUGUCAUUGAAAACUACUCACAGAGGCAGGGCUGCUCUCAUUUAGUCUCCGAAACAUUGAAAUCUGUGAACCCUUGUUCAACACCUCCAUUAAACCCCAACCCUAAUUUAACCCAAAUUCCAAACCCGUAUGAUCGCUCAACAACACUCUCCUCUCUCAAAACCCUCAUCUCUCAUUCUCACCAACCUCUUCCAAAUUCCAAAUUUCUCCCUCCAAAGCCCCAAAACGACCACUUCCUCCCCUGCCCUUACAACCCCCACCAUCUCAUGCCUCCUGAAUCCCUCUUCCACCACAUUUUUCACUGUCCAUCUCCUAUCUCAAUUGACUCUCCAAAUUACCAAAAUAGCCUACUAUCGUUUUCAACAUUAUACCAUCAAAAUCCCCAUUUCGCCAUUCAAGAUUUAAACCAGGAGCUCUACUUUUCUUUAGAUGAUUACAUUACUACCCUGGAUUUUCUAGUUUCUUUUAUAAAGAGCCCUGGUCCUGUUUGUUUAUUAGAUAGUCUUUUAAGGAGUAAAAGAAUUUUUACUUUGCUUGGUUUUUUAUCUUUAGAAUGUGCUAAUGUUUGUUAUUAUGAUAAAGAAGUUAAGACAAAGAUUGAAGGUUUUGAUGAAUUGGGGUUCAGGAUUUUAGGUUCUGAUUUCUGGUUUAUUAGGAGAGAAAUUGAGGGUUGGAGUGCUUGUGAGUACUUAAAUCUGUACUCCUUUACUGUUGUUUGUGCAAUUUUGGGGUUAAGGGUGAAAGAGAGUGAUUUCAACAAAUCGGUAAUCAUUAAUUCGUCACAAUUUGGUAUUGUGAUUAAUGUUUAUUUGAGGGAUCAUAUACUUGUUCUGGUUGGGUUGUGUUUGAAAGCUGUUAUAAGGGAAGCUUCGGCGAUUGUGGAGUUGUUGAAGGGCCGAGAAUUGGAGGGGAAUUUAAAGAGUAUGAGUUUGAAGUGUCCUGCUUUAUCUCAGACUUUGAUGUUGUUGGCUUCUCAGCUUUCUGUUUUAUAUGGGCAACUGAGUGCAAAAUUAUUUGCUCUUAACAUUUUUAAGCAAUGCAUAUUAGAAAGUGCCUCACCGUUGUUGUUUCCAUUAGAGCAAAACUCGACUAUGUCUUCUGAUUUAAAAGAAGAAGAUCAAACAAUAAGAAUGGCUGAGCAUGCUUAUGUGUCUAAUAGAGCCAAUGAGGAGAGGAAAAAACGUCCUUCAUAUAGACCUAUAAUUGAGCAUGAUGUACUUCCUAAGAAACAAUCAUCUAACCAGAAUAAGACGAAAGAGGAUUUAUUGGCUGAAGAAAGAGAUUACAAAUGCUGAAGAAUGUCAUAUCGUGGGAAAAAGUUGAAAAGAACAACUUUAAAGGUUAUGAGGGAUAUAAUAGAGGAACACAUGGAUGAAAUUAAGCAAGCAGGUGGAAUCAGUUGUUUUGUGAAGGGAGAUGAAGAGGUAGGGAUGGAUGCUUUCAUCAAGACCCCUUGCACAGGAUCUUAAUAUGAAUUGUAGGAAAAACAAUAACAAUUUAUUUGAAGCAACUAGAGGUAGCCCAAACCAUUACAGGAAACAAUCUCACUAUGGUCGUGAUAUCAAAUCUACAAUAUUUGAGGAUGCUUUGACUAGAGAUCAUGUGCUAAUGAAGCAGGGCCUUCAUGGGCAUCGUGAUAAGCAUGUUGUAGAGGAUCAUUCUAGAAGCAUAGAAAGGCGCAGAAUUGAUGACCUGUCCCAUGAGAGCAACCAUAGAAGAGAGUGAGAAGAUGUGAAGUUGACUAGAACCAAACGUCAAGAGAUCAAAACAUCUAGCAGGUCCAAUUAUCACAAUUAUAGAUCAUCUUAUUCAUCAAGUUCUCAUUGAAGAAAAAUAUAAGUCUAUGAUAAUGCACAAUCUGUGGUAGAAAAUGCUUUCGAAGAUAGAUACGAGCCUU